AUGAACCUUGGGCCGGUGGCUCGUUUGGUCAAGACCCGAGCUAGGCUGGACGAAAGCAAGCUGAAGGUCCUUGAGAUCCAGCUCGAUCCGUCAUGCAAUUUCUACAGUUACCGAUCGACGCUGAAAGCGGCAAUAUGGCGUGCAACAGGAGCUACGAACCAAACGGAAAAGGUAAUUGUGCCGAUAUUUGGGCUCUUUUUGCGAGACGCUAUGGCACUGGUCGAAAGGUGUACAAAAGUGUUGCCUGAUGGAGCCUUGGACUACAUGUGUCCCUUCGGCAAGAACGAAUCGGUACUGCAGCACGUGCUCACUUGCUCUAUCCUCGACGAAACAGAGCUGCAACAAGCCUCGUUCGACUGCGAGCCGGCCGAAAGCCAGGUGGAAAAGGAGCUUUACAAACAGCUGAAAGAGCAAUCAACGAACAAGGCAUUCAUGGCCAAUGGCAUUGAACUGGAAAUGCUCAAUACACCACAACCGAACUGA